CAUACGCAAUCACGUCGCUGGGCACCUGGAUUUAAAAGUGGAGUCGCAAGAUUUUCUCUCAACUCCGACAUGAACUGGGACAACCAGCUGAGCUCUAUCCUGUCAGUAGCAGAUGGCAGCGUUGCAAAGAUGAGGGAGAGACUGACCUCACCGGGGAAAUUCUCCAAGGGAGUAGAAGAUUUGUUUCCAUCGAGGGAGAGGAUUUGUGAUUCAGAUCUGGGCCCUCCUGCUGUUCCUCCACGAGCCCCCCUUCUCCGACAGCCCUCCUCAUCUCUCAGUCCUGCUGUUCAGUGGGCCGACCUGGCCGCCAUCCAGUCACAACUCCAGAUACAGAGCCAGGCGAUUGAGUCACUUACCCACAAACUCCAUGAUGUGGAAAGAGAGAGACAGUCUCAACAAUGUCACAUCCAGACGCUACAAGAGGAGGUUCACCGGCUGCGUGAGGAGCUGAGGGAGAGGGAGCGAGAAUCGAGGAGGGGACCAAGUCCAGGAGCCGAGAGGAAGAUGGAGCAGUGGAGGAGGGAGGUCGGACAUGAGCUGAGCAGCCUGCGGGGACACAUCACCAGAGCCACGUCGCUAAGCAACCUGGAGGAAAGUUUCGGAUCAAAGCUCCGCCGCGAGGAGCUGGAGCACCUGCACAGAGAGGUGGACCAACUGAAAACGCAACUCAGGAGACAAGGGGAGGACGCCUUCCUCCAGCAGUCAGAGGCCAGAGAGACCCGCAGACAGUACGAACGCAGCUGCAAGACUCUGGAGCAGCUGACGGACAGCUACAGAACUCACAGCUCUGAUCUGACAAAGACUCUCUCUCAGUAUUCUCACACACAACAAGAGGUCCGCCAGAUCAGAACAUCUGUGUCAGAUCUGAAGGAGGAGGUGAGGAGACUCGUUCUCAAAGAGAGUCAGCCUUCACCUUUGCUGUCAGCGCACACAUCAGGGGCAUCACCGCUCCCGCUGCCUGCCAGUCACAGUAGAGGGGUGCGAGUUGAAGAGCCGGACUCUGACUCCGAAGACUUCAGCCCGACCCCGAGCCUGGCUGAGGUCAGCUCAGAUGACCUCUCAUGGCUGGAUGACAAAGACCACGCUCUUCAUCAGAAGCCUCGAGUGCGUCUGAGCGUUCAGUCCAGACGGAGCGACUUCGCUGGUCCGGGAUCAGAUCUGGAGGACGACGACAAUGAUGAUGAUCUCCUUGAUGAAGAUGUGAACCCAGAUUUAGGAUCUGACCUAAGUCUUGAUGACCUCUGACCUUUUUUUUUAAUAAGGUGACUGUUAUGGAAUUUGACUUCACCAACAUGAAUAUUUCUGCCAACUUCUCCAAAACACUACCUGAGAUGUGUUCUUACUUUUAAAGUGUAUCCGAUCAGUACAGUUUAGAGUCUCAGCCUCAUUCUGAAAGGCAAAACUCUAAAAAUAGAAAUAGUUAUUUCCUUUGUGGUCUCAAGAGAAAGGGAGCAAAGGAUGGCAAACAGCUGGCGUACAAACAAGUAUUAAAGUCAUCCUACUUAAUGUUAUUACUGUUUCUUAAAGGGACAGUUUGUAUCUUUAGAAGUGGGGUUGUAUGAGGUUCUUCUCCAUAGUCAGUGUUUUACCUACAGUAGACAGGAGUACCAGCACGGGUGUAAUGCAAUGAACUGUUGUGGAUGGGGGCAGCAACGUGUUUGCGACACCUACAAAUAUCAAUAUCAGUUUAAAUGUACGCUUUACCUUGUCAUUCUGAAAGCCCUUUGAAAGUCUUCAAAAGCCACGAGACUCCAUUGACAAAAACAGCAACGUCAAGGUAAAGCCGUGAAAAAAUACAAAAUAUGGCGUACACGUAAACUACAUUUGAUUUAUUUCGGUGUCUUAAACACGUCGUGCUGCUGCCCCCGUCAACUGCACCAAAGUUCUCACAUGCUUAGAUAUGAUAAGUGUUUCAUAGUUCAUGCCAUUGGGGAAACUUUCUUUUAGUGACAGGAACUCUCAGCUGCUAUUUAUAAACACUUUAUUUAUGAGAAAAACCAGAAGAUUUAGGGGCGUAUCACACGGUGUCAGACUUACCCACUAGUCAAAACUUUCUUUCUUUUACAGUUAGUUUAAAUAAUAAUAAAUCAGAAUCUGUCUGCUCCUCCUAUGACUCACCCGACCACAAUGUGUUGAAACAAACCACCAAAAAGGAGUCGGCAUUGUUUGCUCUCAGCCUAGUUAGCGGUAUCUGCUCCAGGCUGAGGGCCAUGAUAGCCACAAAUCCUCUUUUUGAAUAAUCGGGUGUAGUUGUCUCCACAUGCACAGACCCGUUAGAUGCUGGGAACAAACUGAGGAGACGGGCAGCCUGUUUAAUCCAGACUCUCUGUGAGAGCGACUCAAUCACAAACUGGUUUCAUGGCGGUGGGUAGCUUUGUGCCCACACAGCGGUGCUUUUGGUAAUCGGCUUUAUUUCUCACGGUAAGCUCCACUGAUUGAUUCCUCAGUUGUGACAUUUCUUCUUUUUUCUUUUUUUUAAAUUAGACGCCACCGAAUGGUUCUAAUACUUUCAUUUUUGCCGCACCCUCUGCACCCGGGUCUCGAGUCACUGGAGAUGAAUUAUGGGUCCUGCCAGAGUGAAGUGGACAGAUGCUCUGUGAUUGGUCCGCUCAACCACAAGAUCUAAAAAUAGUCUCCUUCAUGGUUGUUAUGAUUACAGAUUGUUGGGGUUAGGAAAGGUUCUGGUGUAGUUUAGGUCUGCAGGACUUACAUCUCUGCCCAUAACUACCACAGUCUGCUUAUGUUGCCUUAAAGAAAUACUUCACCCACAAAAUUACCAUUUGCACAUCCGCUACUCUCCCACUGUUACCUUGAAUUAGUGAAGAAAACGUUGUUAUUCUGACAUGCAUUCACGGUGAAUUUGAGAAUCCAAAAAACAGAGAAAAGUCUCAAAACUACAUCAAAACAUAAUUCAGGUCUCAUAAUAAUACCUUUUAUUUGUAUAGCGCUUUAAAAGGUAUUUCAAAGGCAGUUUACAUGUUAAAGACAGAAACAAUAAAAGAAACAAAAAUGUAAACAAGGCAGAGAGAUGACAUUAUAACCGAAAUAAACAAAAACAACAACAAGAAAAAAGACAUGCAGAACUUGCAUCAGAGGUUGAAAGCAGAUUUAAAUAGAUACAGUUUUGAAGGUGCCGACUGACGGUCGAAUCCUCACUACUUCACAGACACACGCCUGAGGUGCACUCGCCAGAAAGAGUGCAAAGGUUAAGAAACGUUUACAGAUGAAAGAAGCCGCUUUGACCAUAAACGCCUUUGUGCGUGCUCUUAGCUCGCACUUCAUCUGUGGAGGCCGUCGCCAGGGUGCCUUGCACAAGUAUCAACAAAGCUUUAACAGCCCCACUCUUGCACAGAAGCACUACUCUGUGUUUUAAAUAGAUCAGUUUUAGCAAAGUUGCAUGCGUUCGUGAAGCAGUGAGCGUACGACUGGAUAAAUGAGACUGUGAUGAAACUGCACGAGUUGUGCGAGAGCUCGUAAACAGAUGUAGUUUUGCUGUUGUUGAACUUUGCCCCCGUUUACUUCAACUCAUCCAGACUUUUCUCUGCUAUGUAAAGGUAACACCGGGUGAGUCAUGAUAUUUAAAAUGGUCAUUUUGUGGGUGAAGUAUUCCUUUUCAGUUGGUGUCUUUUGAACGAUCCAUUUGUUAUAUAACCUCAUGAAUUAGCACAAGCUGUGAUCACUUGAUGUACAGUAUGAUAUCAGGUAUACAUCUACACUUGGCUCCACUCUUCAGUGCAGCAGAGUUAUGGAUCUAUAAUGAGCUCCUCUUCCUGACCUAAUGCACACUCUUCCGUCCAAGAGAAAUCUGAUGAGGUACUGUGGGUUUUGAUUCCCGGUAAUGCAGCCGUGAAGUGAAGACAAAGAGGAAUCCAAAAAAAUCCAUCGGCCAUUACGGCAAAACACCAUCACACCCCACCUCCUCCUCCUCCGUGGCCUCCACUGCCAUGUCUUUAUACACACACACACACACACACACACACACACACACACACACACACACACACACAGAGCUCAGUUAACGGUCCCUUUAUGUGGUCAUGUCUGACAUGAGUCACACUGCACCAGGCUUGAUGUCAAGCUGUUAAAUAUUUCAGCGUACACACACACACACACACACACACUCCAUGGAGGACCCCAGACCCCAGUUCAGAGCAACGGGGUGGAGCUGUAUGUCAGGUGGAGGCUUGGGUGGUGAAAGACACUAUACAGUUCUUCUAACAAGACAAAUUGUCUCACUAGUCAAUAGUAAGCAAUAAAAAAACUAAAUCAGUAAAUGGCACCGAGCGGUACGCGACAGUAUUCAAACAAACCUCCUCUGACACGCCGUCCUUGUCUAGCUGUUCAUGCGGUCAACCCAUUCGAUGAAAAAGAAAAAAGGCUCAUUUAUAUGUUAUUGUGGCCACAUAAUGGCUGAUGAAUCAGACCUCUGUACUGCAGUUUUUUUUAAUUGCAUCUGCCAAGUAUUGCAGCAGUGGCGCUACGUUAACGCAGUGCACACUGAUUCAUUCAUUGAAGGUCUGUAAGAAAAUGUUCUGUCUCCAGCAAUAAAAGUGUGUGUAAAAGUUCAAAAGAGAGGAGCUUGACUUUCUGAGGCUGCUGCUAUCGUUUGUUGGUGCUGCGGUCAGAGAGCUGUUUAUAACAAACGCUGUUAUUCAUAAAGGAGAUGUACAAGUUUAUGCAUUUUCAAAUAACAUGUUUUACAUUGAACAAUCAUUAUGUAGAUUGUGUAACGAGGAAGACUUUGUGUUUGUCUAUUUUCUACUGAACAUGUUAAAAGUUUGUAGGCCAAUAUCCAAAUUUGGCUACACAUUUCUUUUAAAUUUACACUUUUCAACAUUAUGUCUGGGAUUCUGGAUGAAAAUUGUCCCUUGAUAAUAAAUAUAAUUAUUGUGUAAGGUAAGAAUAUUUAUAAUCAAAGUUUGAUGACAAAUUUUACUGUAAUUUCCCCCCAAAAAAUGUUGCAAAGCCAAAUUAUUUUGGGAAAAAUAGCACAACAUAACUUGAAAUGGGAAAAGUUUCUAAAUGUAUUUGUACUGUCAACCUAAUAUUUUGAAUGUCUUAAUGGAUCCUAUUCAUUUCAUUUUUUUUCUUGUGAUUUUAUAAAUUUGCUGUUUUUUAUUGUCCAAGUGUUUAUUUCUUUCAUCUGUCUUUGUGAGG